UUCUUCAUGAUUAAGUGGCAGGCGUGCUCGAUAACACUGUAGCAUUUAACGAAGCAAUUGAACUAUUUUAUGUAUAUUUAAGUGGUAAUAAAUGAUACUAUAGUUAUUAACGUGUUUAAAAUUUACAAAUUAACAUUAUUUAAGAAAGUUCUACUCUUUUAUUAAAAACGUAAAAAUGUUUGCGAGAAACAGACAAAGUCAGGGCUAUCCCAGUGCACGAACACAAAAUCCUAGUAACCAGGCUCCUUUCCAGAGCCAAAAUUCUGUACUAGUAGCUAUACAACAAUACCGAGGAAGUGCGGUCGGCCAGGGGCUAGAUCGUCUGUUACCCACAUAGCAUAGCCUGCCAUUGGCCAUUUUGUUGAUUUAUACUGAACUCAUGUCUAACUGAGUCAUGAGUAAGGAAACAUUGGCCAUAGUUAAAGAUAACUUGUUUAGUCAGCAAGGGAGUUAUCAGCCACCACAACCAAUCGUAACUCAGCAAGCUAUUUACAAACAAGGGAAUGUGCAAACUUCACAACCGUUUAAAUCUCAACCACCAGUACAGAUACAACAACCUAGUAUAACAAGACCCUUGCAACAAUUGAAACCUCAAUUAACGCAGCAGCAACAGCAACAACAUCUGCAGCAACAACAACAUAUGCAACAGCAGCAGCAACAGCAACAACAGCAGCAGCAUAUACAACAACAGCAUAUACAGCAACAACAGCAGCAGCAACAUAUGCAACAGCAGCAACAUAUACAACAGCAGCAACAUAUACAGCAACAGCAGCAACAUAUACAGCAACAACAUAUACAGCAACAGCAACCACCCCCACAACUGCCACCACCUAAUACUCAACAACAACAACGCCUAAAACCAAUACUUAAACAAAGCUCGAUUACAGUAUCUACUGUUCCUAUGCAGAACACAUCUGUCACCCCUCAACAACCUGCUUCUACAUCACAAAAUAUAUCUGUACUCACUACAUCAGAUACAACUGCCUGUUGCAAUAAUACCAUUGAUGGAAAAGUUGAUGUCAAAACUGAAAAUGCAGAUACUGAUGCACCAGAAAUACCAAGAUGGAGACGUAAAAUACCUGGAUUUAAGGUAAAUAAAAAACUGAAACGUCUUCGUUUGAAUCAACGUUUAAGAAAGACUCUUCAACCAAAAAACGCAAUUAUGGUUUUAAAUGAAAUGAAAGCUGGAGUGCAGUUUACAUUUCCUGAAACACAAGGACCUAUGCCAAAUUCUCUUUAUCUUGUUCAUGCAGAGCUUGAUGGGAAAACAUAUGUUGGUCAAGGAUUAUCUAAACCACUUGCACGUCAAAAUGCUGCUGAAAAUGCAUUAAAAGCAUUAUUACUUGAAAAAAUGACUGCAGCUAGUAUGAAAGCACGUAUGGAUGCCGAAUCAGAUGGACAAGCAAAUCAACCUGCAGAUUCUUCCAUGUCAUCAACGAAAGAAGACAAUGCAGAAGAUGGACAAAUGUCAACAGAUACUAAUAUUGACGAAAGCGAAGAAGUUCCAUGGAGUUCAUUAGCAAGUUUUGCACUUUAUAAACUUUUCUUGGAAUGGCACAAUCAAGGAACAUCAGUACCAGUACCCAGACCAGGAUUACCUACACCACUAAAAGGAGCAAAGAAAAUACUUUCUAGUACAAAUAAAUUUCCAGUUCAGAAGGAACUUCCACCAAAUGCGACCAAUAUACAUCCUGUUAUGUUAUUAAAUCAAAUGAAACCAGGAUUAACAUAUGUAGAAAUAAGUCGUCUUGGAAAUCCACCUAAUAUAAUGUUUACACUAGCUGUGGAAAUUGAUGGUGUUGGUUAUACUGGUUCAGCAAGAAAUAAAAAGGAUGCUAAAAAAAUAGCAGCAAAAGCAGCAUUGUUAGCUUUAUAUGGAUUAAACUAUCCUGAGGAAAAUAAAGUUGAUCAAUCAGAGGAUGUACAAAGUAUGUAAAGUAAUCUUUACACAUUAAUCAAAAUACAUUUCUUUAAUCACAA